AUCUCUGUCUCUGGCCCCUAGGUCAGAUUCUGGAUUAAAAUAAAAGGCAAAACCAUCUCCUCUACACAUAGAUUCUAUUUAAAUUCUAACUUACGUCCUUCAAGUGAUGUGCUAACACAAGAAGUCAACAAGAAAGAAUGCCGAAGCUCAGAACUGACAAAAAAUGGCUUUUAUCCAUAUUGGAGGAGUGGCACAUAUUGUUUAAGGAAUGAGCCAGAUAGCAAAAGUAUUUACCUCCAUAUGGCUCCAUGAUAAUAUUCCAGGUAAAGUAAUUUGCCAAUCCAGGGGUUAUGAAUAAUCUUAUACAUGGUGUAAACAAGAAUGUAACUACCUAGACAAAUGAAAAACGUGUAAACCAGUAAUGUACCUAUUUUAAAUGGCAGAUUGUCAUUAUGAUUCUUGAAUAACUUAGUAGAUAUUUUACAGAUUAAUUAAUCAGUGCGCGUAUCUUGUAGUGACAGAGUAUUUCUGAAUAACAUUAAAAUAUAUAAAUGUAUGUUCUAAAUCUAAAAAGAAAGUCCAGUACUACAAAGUCUGUGCUUUUAAAGAGGAGCAUUACUGUGCACUAGAUUGCAUGUAGCUUUUAUUUUAAAUUGCAGGGAUUCUAGGAAUAAAAGCUCAGAUAAGUGCUGAUAGAAAGCUACAGUCAAGCAGAUAGAAUAUAACCAAAACCAUUUGAGAAGCUACCAUAAUAUUUAUAUUGCCACAGUAGUGAUGAGCUCUUCCUGUAGACCAGAAGAAACGUACAAACCAAACAGAAAUGCUAAGGAGAAGGAAAUCUCAACGGUGGAAAAUCCUGUUGGUGUACUCAUUUUUUUGCUUGAAGAAACUUCUUUAUGUUUUCAAGUCUAAUAGCUACAUCUAUUUCAUCCUACAGGAAAGAGUGUCUCAGUACAUACUAACAUCUUGUAGAAGGAAAAAAGAAAGAGGAAUAAAAGGUGUAGCGCUGACUUGAAAAGGGUGAAAGGGAUGUUCAUUUGGGUGUUUGGAGUUUGAGGGGCAGAGUCAGAAUACCGUUAUUCCAGAUGCAAUUCAUUCUUUGACUUUUCAGUUAUGGGUUGUAAGAAAUUGCUUUUACUGCUUAGAACAAAUCACCUGUGUAAAAAUCGCAAAUCAAAAAAUUCCUUCAUCUUCUGUUUUAAUCAAAUUUGAAAGCCCUGGUGGAGGUGGAGGUGUUUGUUUACCCCACAACAUGAAGUACCUGUGUUUAGUGCUUAGCACUCAGAAGUUGUGAACUGGAGCCAGAGGGAAAAUUUCGUGUCAGCUGGAAGAGCAAAGCAUGUGAACCGACAGUUUUCCAGUUUCUGGAGAUGUUGGCGUUGGUAGUACUUCAAAGGAGUCAACUUCGAUUAACCAGCUGCACUGCAGUUGAGGACUUUAAAGCCUGCCUGGGUGAUACAGAAGACUUCUGUCCUACGAAUAUCUCUUGUCAAUGUAAAAAUGAAAAACCUUUUUGCAGAUGUGAUUACUACAAAGAGGGCUGGAAGGAUUAUUGGUACAUGGGCCCUAAAUGCAACCAGCUUUGGAGCACAGUGGAUUUAAUUUUAGUAGCCAUUCUUCCUGCAGUAGCACUGGUUUUCAUAGUUAUUGUAAUAUUCCAAUGUGUGCACUACUGUUCAAGUAAAACAGAAGGGAAACAGACAAAUUCUCCAUACCAUGAAGCACAGCAUAACCCUGCAUUUACUCAUGAGCUGUCUGGUAACCUCGGACGUCAGCAGCCACCAAGGGAUGCCUGGAUUGGACAAAUGCCAAAAGCUGUACUGAGAAGAGACGAUUUUGAUGAUUUCCCAACCUCAAGUCAACCAGAUAAUUAUACUCGUGUGUAUCCUCAGCGAUCAAGGACAUCAGAGUAUGUGUCCAACCAGCGGCCUCAACAAUAUGACGGAUUUGUCUAUCCAGGCAACAGUACACAUUAUGCAGAUGUGAGACAGUAUCAGAGAUACUGAUACCAGUGCUCCCUACUUCUGAAGUGUCUCGGCGUGCUGUGUGAUCAAUGAAUGGACAGUCCAAAUGCUGAGAGAUCAGUAAGACCUUGUGUGCUCUGUUACACAGAGAAAGUAAUAGCUGUUAGAAAGCACUAGAAGUUAUUGUGAAAAAAAAGUAUAGAAGACAAUUACAAAACAAAACAUAUUUCUGAAAUUACCAUCCCAUUUGUUUGCUUUAUAUUUGAUGACAGUUUAGCUUUUUGAAUACCUGAUUUUACAGUUUACACAGCUGUUUCUACAUGUUGCUUAAAUUGUUGCACAUCUGUCUGGACCCAUGUUCUUAUGUGAUUAAUUGUGUUCUGUGCCUAAAUGACAAGAAGUACCAAUCACCUUUCUUCAGAAGAAAUUCAUGGGAAAGAAGGAAGACUCAAAAAUUCAAUAUGAGAAAUGACAAAUAUGUAUGCUAAUCAUCAUUCUUCCUUUAUUGCUUCCCAGGAGGGGGGAGCUGCAUCUUUUUUUUACUUCUCAGGACGGUUUGUCAAAGACAGCUUCUACUGGGUACAGAUUUUGCUUCUUGGUGUCUGUUUGGCUUAUCCAUUUAUUUGUGAUGUUUGCCCCCCUCUUUCAUGAUCUCUGUCCGUAUGCUGGUGGACAGUGGUUUCUAGUCUAAUGCUUUCACUAGGACCAUGAAUUUCUCUGACUAAAAUUAGGAAGAUUCUCCAGGGCACUGUAGCACAUAGAGCCUGCUGUUCCCUGACAGGUAUUUCUUUGUUUUUCCCCAGAGGAGCCAAUAUGUAAGGAAGAAAAACAACUAAUUACAUACAAGUUUGAACUGUGUAGUAAAGUCUGUAUUCUUGUGUACUCCAAUAACCCAAGGAAUUAGGUAGAAGGGAGGGCUCUGUUCUCAGACAUAGCUACCAAGUCCCACUGACACGGCAGCAUUGUGCAAGCACAACCAAGGCACUUUUCUUCCCAGUGUCUCAAGAUGCAUCAGAUUGGCUAACUAUUGACUGACGCAGCAAACUGAGCCUGUGAACCCAUUCCAUUCUCCCUUGUUUCUUCGUAAUUUUGUCUUCCUUAGUCAUCUUGUCGAUCCAGACAGCUCAAAUGUUUUGCCUUGAAAAAUGCAGUUUGUCUUUGUAACUUGCUUUGUUAAUAAUGAAAAUAAAUGAAGCUAUGGAAAAUUGACUACCUUACCACUAACUAACAAAUAAAAGAUACAGAAGUCCUGGA